CUUAUCACGAACACUAUCUCUGUAAGCAUUUAGCACACUUAGUAGUCCUCCAUGUGUUAUAGCUGAGGCUGGACCGAAGCUUCAGUGAUCGGAGAAAUUUACUGGCGUCCCUCUCUGCAUAUUUCAUAAUCACUAAACAGAUGUCACGGGGCCAUGAAAAUGAAGCCUUCAGAAUGGAGAGAUUUUCUGCACCAGGCAGGUAUGCGGAAACCUCGUUACCGGGCCAGGUAGAGAACAGGUAUCGUAAUGAUCAUUACUAUAAUGAUGGAUACCCGGAUGAUACAGACCACUAUGAGCGUGGAAGAAAGCAAUACAGAUUUGGCUCCAGACCUGACGGACAUCGCAGAAACAGGGAUGAAAGAGGAUAUCGACAGGAUGGACGAGAUAGGCGAAACGAAGGUGCAGAUCAAACAGAUUUAGAGAGAAGGCUGCAAAGAUUCAAAAGGACAGACGCUUCCAACGAACGUCCCCAGAAAAGAUACUAUAAUCCUGGACACGAAGAAAGAGCAGAGACCUUGGAAUUGCAACAGCAGGAUGAGCUGAACUGGAGAGAAAGGCAACAUGACUUUUGUGAAGAAGACAAGUUUGAUAGUGACAAGGACGAUGGAUACAGAAGACAAUCAAUCUUCACACUCGAACAAGCUUUCAGGAAUCCAGUCGAAUUGAGUCCGCACGAGGGCGUCCCCGACAGGGAAAGCCGGCGCUCCUCGCGACCAGGAUGGGGGAAUCUGAUUGAAAUGUUGCCUUCCCAAAAGGACAGGGUUGCAGGUACUCUAAGGUUUCGGGGCCAAAUCAACUGUGAUAUGGAUUCUCAACACGAAAUCGAGACGCCUACGUGCAACACUCCUUCUGUCCCACAUGAUCAAAUAAAAUCAAAAGCAGAGGUCUUAGAACAUCUGACAAAGCUGAGAGAGCAGCCUUGGCCUAUGAACCUGCGCAAGGAGAGGCAACAUGAGCUAAAACGUCAGUUGGGAUUCAUGGACGCCAAGUGGUAUUCAGUUGCUCCCGUAACAUCUGCUGUCAUGUCAGGCAAAAAUCGAAUUCACAGUAUCAUGCAUACUUUGGAUCCCAUACACAGCCUCCUGAAACGCAUAGAGGGCAAGCACGGGGCGAGUGUUGUCGCAGUGUUCAACUUCAUCCGGGACAUGAUCAGGCUAAACCUUUUCCUGGCAAUCCUGGGACUCUGCGGCAUUGUCAUCCCCUCGUCUAUCUCUGUGUCCCAAGACACAGACCAAGCGUUCGGCUGGGUCAUCUGGAACAGCACUUCGGACCUUUGUUCUGACCUUUCUCUUGUACCCAACUCAUCGUUAGAAGAAUGCAAUAAAAACUACACAGACAAGAUACACCAAGAUGUUGAAGAUCACUCACACAAGUGGACUGCUCUCCUGCAAGACUUCCUCCAAGGCACUGGAUUCUUAGAAUGGACAUUCCUCUUCAGCGGCUACUACCCCCCAGCUGUGUCAAAGGGCAACUACAUCAUCAGUUUAGCAUACCUCCUCACCGUCUUCGUGACAUACAUGGUGUCCCUGGUCUUUGUUGUGCGCUUCGUCGCUAAGUUUUUGAGUAAGGCUUUCAUAUCUAUCAAUUCUGAAACUAAUUUCCCGGAAAUAGUCUUCGCAGCCUGGGAUUACACGAUCAAGGAACCAGCAGCCGCGAAGACAGAGAUGGCCCUGUUUGUCUGCGAGGUGAAAGCAGCCCUAGACGACGACAACUACAAAAAGCGGAGUCUGGCGCGUACACGCAGAGAUGAAACCAUACUGUACUCCAAGAGAAUUAUAAUAAAUUUGCUGAUUAUUGCAUUAAUUGGAAGUAGCUGGGCAGGGAUUUACUUCCUCGUUACCACCAUUCCCGAGGCAUCAAAAUUCUCUCCUUCUGACGACAUCGAGGUCUCGCUCCAAAAUUUCUUCUGGGAAUAUGCGCCCACACUAACCGUUGCCGGCUUGAAUCUAAUCUUCCCAGUCAUCUUCAGCAUCCUUGUGACUUACGAACAGUACACAGGCCGGAAGGAACUAUUCUUGACACUCAGCAGAUGUGUGCUAGUCAGACUUACGUCCCUGGGCAUUCUGAUAAUCACCAAAAUCAGCGUCAUAUACGAAAAAAAACAAGGGGACUCAUGCGAUGUCAAUGAUGAGUUCAUCUGCUGGGAAACCCACCUCGGCCAGCAGGUCUAUGCAAUACUCAUCCUGGACCUCAUAAUUCAAAUUGCCAUGACGUUCUUUGUCAAUGUUGUGAGGCUGAUGCUGACAUUCCUGCAGAAUCCCAUCUGUCAGAAAUUAGGCACGAUAGAGUUCUUCGUGCCAGGACACGUCCUGGACGUUGUAUACAUACAGGCAGUCUGUUGGGUAGGGCUCCUAUACUCACCCCUGCUUGUCCCAUGUUGUUUCGUCUACUUCUGCUUCACCUUCUUCUGCAAGCUCUUCACCAUCUCUGUGACCUGUGUUCCUGCAAACAGGGUCUUCAGGGCUUCUCGCUCUUCGGCCAUGUUCAUGACAAUUCUUGCUCUCGCCUUCUUCAUGUGCAUAAUCCCAAAUGCAUUAGCAAUGCUUUACCUACAGCCAUCCAUAGCUUGUUCACCGUUCAGAGGGCUGGAGUACGCUUGGCAGGUGUUAACAUAUUACGUCUGCAGGCUAACUGGAUCAUCUUAUUGGAUAAGAUCAGUUCUGUUUUAUCUGGACGACACGAUUCUAUGCAUCGCACUGCUGCUCCUGCUGAUCCUGCUCGCAUUUUACUACAUUGCCAUUAUCAACGCAAGAGGGGCAUACAUGAAGCAACUGGAGGACAGACUGAAGGACAUUAACAAAGACAAGAGGUUCCUCAGUGAUGAAGUUCAAAACGCUCAAGGGAAAUAGCACCGCAAGUCAAGGACUGAAAUGACCUGGGUUCUUUAGUCUAAUAAAAGUUUCCUGAAAUUGUGGUUCCACCAGGAUUACAAAACAGAAGUCUCAAUGAGCAUAGAAGUGAUCUGAGAGAUUUCUUUCAUGUAUGGAAAUAAGGAAAUACAAAAUAGGAUUUUUCAUAAAAUAUUUAAUACUGAAUUAUUAAAUUCUGCGGUUAAACUAAAUUAGCUUAAGUAAACAUUCCUUGUAGGGCUGGCCCAAACAUUUUGUACGCAUUCACGUAAAAUAAAAAAAUUAUAUCUCC